CCGCUUCCGUCAAACCUCCUCCGUUCCGGGUUUACUCUUAUCAGUGAGAUCACAUGCUUCUCCAUGAAGCUCACUCAGCAGGCUCCCGAACGAUUCUUUUUCGUUAUGUCAGGGAUAGAUAAGAACUCAUAGCCAGCAGCAGCACCUCCAGUUUCCCAUCCUCAACUCAUUAUAGUUCCCACCUUAUCACUCAAAACCCCCGUAUCACCAUCACCCAGCAUGUCUUCACUUUACCAUCAAACGCGACCGGGGCUCUCAAUUACCAAGGGCAGCAGGAGAAACUCCUGGUCCGCCGCCGCCGCCGCCACAGUCCUCGCCGGCCUCGCGGCGCAGUACUUCCUCGUCCCCGGGUCCGUCAUCAAGACGGCGGGGACCCCCUCCGCCAUCGAGCGGUGCCUGGACGACGUCUGUGCCGGCGCCUCGGAUUGCGUGCAGUUUCCAUCCAAGCAAGAUGGCGCCGCCGACUCGGGCUCCUGGAUGCGUCCGUUCAACCUCGGCCUGAGCUCCGUCCCCACGGCCAUCGUCCGCCCCAGGAACGCGGGCGAGGUCGCGGGCGCCGUCAAGUGCGCAAUGAAGCACAACUUUAAGGUCCAGGCCAAGGCCGGGGGCCACAGCUAUGCGUGAGUUCGUAUCCAGAGGAGGGGCGG